AGUUCAGCUGAAGCAGGGACGAACAUAGAACAAAUUUUGUGUGUACUUGUAACUAGGGCACCAGAGCAACAGAGGAAGCCAAAAUGAGCCGGAAAAGCAAAAGGAGCUUAAAGGAGAAAUUUGCCUUGAAGAACAGCUUGGUUAAAGAAGCCCUCGCAGAAUUCCUGGGAACUUUUAUAUUGAUAGCACUUGGAUGUGGGUGUGUGGGACAGGCUGUCCUUAGCCGAGGAGCCCAUGGUGGGCCCAUGACAGUAUCGGUUGGAUUUGCAAUAGCAGUCACCGUAGCAGUGUAUGUGUCUGGGGGGGUUUCUGGUGGUCACAUAAACCCAGCCGUUUCAUUAGCCAUGUGCGUGACCGGAAGAUUAAAAUGGACCAAAUUACCAAUUUACAUAUUAGCACAACACCUGGGAGCAUUCAUGGGAGCAGCAGCUGUCUUUGGGAUUUAUUAUGAUGCCUUCAUGGAGUACAGCAACGGAAGACUUGAAGUCACAGGACCUAACGCAACAGCACAUAUCUUUGCAACAUAUCCAGCUCCCUACCUGUCCCUCUUAAAUGGAUUUGCAGAUCAGGUGAUGUCAACAGCUGUUCUUCUUCUGGUUAUAUUGGCUAUUUUUGACACCAGAAAUAACAGCGUCCCAAAGGGCCUGGAGCCAAUUGCAGUAGGACUUCUUGUGAUUGUUCUUACUUGCUCCUUGGGAAUGAACAGUGGCUGUGCCAUGAACCCGGCCAGGGAUCUCGGCCCAAGGCUCUUCACAGCUAUUGCAGGAUGGGGGAUGGAAGUAUUCAC